UGUAAUUACAUAAGAAUAUUAAUAUUUAAUUAAUUGUGUAGUUUUAGUUUCUGAACAGACUUUAGUUAUAAUAAUAUGUUUAAAACCCUAAUUUAAAGUUGAUAGUAACUGAGAGAGAUAAUGGCGAAGAAAGAUAGGUUUCCGGAUGGGUAUUCGGCGGGCGGGUUACCUCGGAACGAAGAAUCCGGUUGUUCUGGACGUGAUCAUAAUGAGACGACAUCGGGUUAUGAGAAUCCGAGUGGUUUUAGGAAGAAAUGGAUUACGUUGAGUUCUGCGAUGCAAGACGGGUUCAGUGUUCCUAUUAGAAAUGUGUCGUUGUCCACGUUAGCGGAUUCUGAGAAAGAUUUGUGGUUACUUAGGUUAAGGUCUGAACUUGAUCAGGUUAGGACGUUUCAAAAAUGUGUCGAUGUGGAUAGUAAGACGAACGUUGCAGUGGUGUCGUCUUCUAGUAACGUUGUUGAUGAUGUGAGGGGUAAUGUGCAAGGAAACCAAACGAAAGUGAGGAAAUCGAUAGAGCCAAAAACGCAGAAAGGAAGUGGUGGUAAUCGAGGUGUUGGUUCAAGGUUUUUAUCUGUAAAUGAGCCGGUUUCUUCUGCUGUUGUGCCGGAUACUUUUAGUUUGAUUUUGAAGAAACAGUGUGAGACUUUGUUAAAGAAAUUGAUGACACAUCAGCAUGGUUGGGUGUUUAAUACACCUGUUGAUGUUGUUACUCUUAAAAUUCCGGAUUACUAUACUGUCAUUACGAAGCCAAUGGAUUUUGGAACGAUAAAAGAAAAACUUGGGUCCGGGGGUUAUGACAGUCCGUAUGAGUUUGCUUCUGAUAUCAGGCUAACUUUUUCCAAUGCCAAGACGUAUAAUCCACCGGGAAAUGAUGUGCAUAUCAUGGCAGAUGUACUUAGUAAGUUUUUUGAGUUAAGAUGGAAGCCUAUUGAGAAGAAGUUAGUGGCUAAUAAUAGUUCUCAACAAAAGCCGGUUCAAGAAGAGAUUGAUUUGGCUCCUACCAAGAAGAGAAAGAUUAGCCCAGUACAACCAAACAUAUUGCCAGAGCCAGUUAAACCGGUGAUGACCAAUGACGAAAAGGUUAGGCUAAGUACGGAUUUGGAAACUCAUCUUUCAGAUCUGUCGGCUAACAUCAUUGACUUUUUGAGGCGACAUAGUUCAAACAAGAAUGAAGCUGGAGAAGAUGAGAUCGAGAUUGAGAUCGAUAAUCUUAGUAGUGAGACCUUGUUUGAAUUACGUAAGAUGUUGGAUGACCAUAUUCGCGAGAAACAGAAUAGUGCGAAAGCAGAACCUUGUGUUAUUGAGCUUCUGAAUGAACCGGGGCUUAGCAACUCAACUAUGCAAUUGUACAAAGGGAAUGAUCUUAUGGAUGAAGAUGUAGAUGCUGCUGGGAAUGAGCCUCCUGUUGCAAGUUGCCCCCCUGCUGAUUUCGAUAAAGGAACAAAUGAAAUUAACAACAAACAAGCUACUUCAGAUUCAGAACCUAUCAGGGCUUCUGAAAAUGAACUAAAAGAGGUUAAAGCUUCUAGUUCAGUUGGUGGAGCGAAGGAAACCGCUGAUGCUGAAGUAGAUUUGGGUCAGAAGACAGACACAACUUGUUCAGCUGAAAACAAGUCGAAGCCUAGCAGUGCUUCUGAAAAUGAACUAAGAGGGGUUAAAGCUUCUAGUCCGUCUAGUGGAGCAACGGAAAUUAAUGUCCUCCAAGUAGAUUUGGGUCAAAAGACAGGCACUAGUUAUUCAGCUGAAAAUGGGUUGGUUGGUGCAUCAGACAAUGCUGAGCCCAUUUCACAGCAGAAGUCGAACUCUAAUGAAUCAGAUAACCACAAGGAUGAUGGGGAUAGUGCUCCAGAUGAGAGGCAGGUUUCUCCAGAUAAACGCUAUAGAGCUGCUGUUUUGAUAGGCCGAUUUGCUGAUACAAUUCUGAAAGCACGAGAAAAGACACUUCACCAGGAUGAAAGAGCAGACCCUGAUAAACUGCGUCGUGAGAAAGAACAACUUGAAAAUCAAAGGAGGAAAGAAAAAGCUAGAUUGCAAGCAGAAGCCAAAGCAGCAGAAGAAGCUCGAAGGCGAGUUGAGGCUGAGGCUGCUGCAGAAGCAAAACGGAAGAGAGACCUUGAGAGGGAAGCAGCUCGUCAGGCUUUGUUGAAGGUUGAAGAGACGGUUGAGAUCGACGAGACAUCACGGUUUCUAAAAGACUUGGAUAUGCUGAGGACAGCAGACAAUGACCAGCCGCUGCCAAGUUACUUAGACGAGAUAAGUCCUGAGCUAGAGUCACAAGAUGGAUUAGGCAGUUUUAAGUUUGGAGCAAGCAAUCCACUAGAACAACUGGGUUUGUAUAUGAAGAGAGAUGAACAUGAAGAGGAGGAAGAAAUCGAGUUAGAGCCAGUUAGUACUGUUGGAGAUGAACCUGGGGUAAUAAAUAAUGAUGUGGAAGAAGGUGAAAUCAAUUGAUUUGAUCGAUGCUCAUGUGUUUGGGUUACUGAUGGUGUCUUUAUAUUUAUGGAACUUGAAAGGAAUUUUUGUUGUAUACAUGGUUGUUGGCAAGUGAUGAGCUUCACGAAAGUAAAGAAAAUGAGGCAAAGGAUGGGGGAAUGCAUUUCUAUGCGAAGUUGUGUUGUGUUGCGUCUUCCUUGUUAGCAAUUGCGAUGGUGACCCUCUGUUUCCGUUCUACCAAUAUAUCAACGUACAUAAAGCACUUAUAUAAAACUUAAAAAGUGUUUGACAUUUAUUCCCUCUA